CCCAAUAAAACUAGUAUAUCUGAUUCGGGAUCCGAGAGCUACGAUGAACUCCAGGGUCUUUUUACCUUGGUGUGUAAAUCAACCAAACUGUACAAACGUGGAAAUCCUAUGUAAUCAUAUAAGGGAUGACAUUAAAGCACUUAUACAAAUGAGACAUGAAAAUGUGACAAUCAUUCGCUACGAGGACCUGGCUAUUGAACCGCACAAAACUGCCAUAAAAUUAUACAAUAAGUUAGGACUACAAUAUACACUACCAGUGCAACAAUGGUUGGACGAACACACUCAAGGGGACGACCCUCACAGACACCCACAUAGUACUAAAAGGGACUCAAAAAUGGCUGUCAUGUCGUGGAUUACUCGGUUAGACGGAAAUAAAGUUGCCAAGGUGCAACGCUAUUGUCAGGAUGUCAUGCAUGCAAGCGAGCUUGUUAAAUACAUAACAACCUAUUGUGUAAUAACCCUGGUGUUAGCCAUACUACACAUCAUGCUAAAACGCCCUGAGAAUGGGUCACUGGCCAUGGUCAUAUUAGUGGACGACCUACUAUUGGCAGUACCGGCCAUUGGUUUGGUGGCCACUAUUACGGAAAGUUUUGGCAUCUCUAUCAUUUACUCCGUAGUUAUUUUAGCCAGCUUUGUGACUAACAUAGUUGUCGUACCUGGCUACCAAAUGGGGCACCUACCUAAAUUGAUAAUCCAUGCCCUAAUGAUCCUGAUUAAACUGAGUAAGCAACCCGAAAAGGAGUAUUAUAAUAUUGAGCCACCUGUUUUGACCAAGGAACAAUUAUUGUACUCACAAGCAAGCUCGAGUUUGACAACGUGGGCUAUUAUACGCUAG